ACAGAGCAGCUCCUUGCAGCCUCGGCUGGACCCCGCGGUGCUCAAGGCAGCCGGGUGAGGACAGACACACACAGCAGUGCUGGAAGCAGUCCCUGGAGACGUUAUGUGGAUCAGCUGGUGGCUCUGGCCCCUCGUGGCCCUCUGCACCGGAGACCAGUUCCGGGAUGAGGCUGAGAGAAUCAUGCGGGGCACACCUGUCAUCGAUGGGCACAACGACCUUCCCUGGCAGCUGCUAACCAUGUUCAACAACCAGCUCCAGCAAGAGAAGGCCAAUCUGACGAGCCUCGCCCAAACACACACCAACAUCCCCAAGCUGAAGGCUGGCUUUGUGGGGGGCCAGUUCUGGUCUGCAUACACCCCCUGCGACACCCAGAACAAAGACGCUGUGAGGAGGAUACUGGAGCAGAUCGAUGUCAUCCACCGCAUGUGCCAGAUGUACCCUGAGACCUUUGUGUGCGUCACCGACAGCGCAGGCAUCCGGCAGGCCUUCCAGGAGGGGCGCAUAGCCAGCCUCGUUGGCGUGGAGGGCGGCCACUCCAUAGACAGCAGCCUGGGCGUCCUGCGGGCACUCUACCACCUGGGCAUGCGGUACCUGACCCUCACCCACAGCUGCAACACGCCCUGGGCUGACAACUGGCUGGUGGACAAAGAAGACAAGGCCCAGAGCCAAGGCCUGUCAGACUUCGGCCAGAGCGUGGUGAAGGAGAUGAACCGGCUGGGGGUCAUCAUUGACUUGGCCCACGUGUCCGAGGCCACCAUGAAGGCGGCCCUGAAUCUGUCCAAGGCUCCCGUCAUCUUCAGCCACUCCUCCGCUUUCAGCCUGUGCAAGCACCGGCGCAAUGUGCCCGAUACUGUGCUCCAGCUGGUGAACCAGACAGGCAGCCUGGUGAUGGUGAAUUUCUACAACGACUAUGUUUCCUGCCGAAAGGAGGCGACCCUGUCCCAGGUAGCAGACCAUCUGGACCACAUCAAGAAGGUGGCGGGAGCCGGAGCCGUGGGCUUUGGUGGGGACUUUGACGGUGUUUCAAGGGUCCCCUCGGGGCUUGAGGACGUGUCCAAGUACCCAGACCUGGUGGCCGAGCUGCUCAGAAGGCAGUGGACAGAGGCGGAGGUCAGGGGCGCCCUGGCCGACAACCUGCUCAGGGUCUUCAAGGCAGUGGAACAGGUGAGCGAUCACACGCAAACUCCUGAGGAGAAGCCCAUCCCACUGGACAAGCUGGAGAAUUCCUGCAGGACCAAGUAUGGCUACUCAGAGGCCCCCAGCUUCCACCACCAGCCAGGGGCCCUGCUGGCCUCCCUUACCACCAUCCUCCUCGGCCUGAGUCUUCUUUGAUGCCCUGGGAUCUGGACCUCCUGGGUCCCUACAGCUCUGGGGAGACUGUGGCCACCAGAGCAGGGAGAUUCCAGGAUGCUGCUCCCCACGCACAAGGCCUGGCCUCUCCUGACCAGGUACCUGGGCUCACUUGAGGGCAGUAAGCUGUGGGCAGUGCCAGACACAGACGCACAGUGGACCGUCAAUAAAGGCAACAACCCUUC